GAUCAGUUACAUUAGAGAACAAAGCUACUUUUUUUAAACAGAUCUUACGAUGUCCGAAAUCGAGGAGACUUUUCAGCGCAUUAGCCAGCGCCCAAAUGUUACGGGAAUCAUUGUCGUCGACAACGAAGGCACGCCUAUCCGAAGCACGAUUGAAGACACUGCUGUGCAGAACCAGUACGCUCAUCUUAUCACUUCCCUAGCUGCCAAAGCUCGUCAUUGCGUCCGUGACUUAGAUCCCACCAAUGAUCUUUCUUUCCUGCGCAUUCGCUCGAAGAAAAAUGAGAUUAUGGUCGCCCCCGACAAGGACUUCAUUCUCAUUGUCAUCCAAAACAUCGCCGAAUGA